UAGGAAAAGAUUAUUGAGCUGAUCUGUCGUAGCAGUACCUUCAAUGUCACGUUUCUUGUGAAACUCCUUCUUAAUUUGUUUAUUGUUGUAUCAGUCAUGUAUAGAACAAAUUGUUUAUUAUUUACCGCUGCGAACAACGUAUGCCGAAUGUUGGCUGCUUCCCUAAAUACACAUGGGAGCUCCCUAUGUGGAAAUAGCGGUGUGCAGCGAACGUUAUGCAGCAGUGCUGUCAGACUUCAGCAGAGCGCAGCAUCAACCACAGACUCUAGAAAAACCUCCAGUGACUUUAGUAUUUUUCCUCCGCUGCCUGGUGAGGACAGUCCACUGAGAUGGGAAGGAAAGAAGUUUGAGGAGUUACCUAUCGCUCACAUUAAAGCCACAUACAACAACACACACAUCCAGGUGACAGACAACGCAGGUCAGUCAAUGAUCAAGACGUCUUGUGGAACCGAAGGAUUCAAGAACAUCAAAAAAUCUACACCCAUCGCUUCUCAGACUACAGGCAUCUCUGCUGCCAUAAAAGCCACAGCUAAAGGAGUUACAUUUGUUCGUGUUGUGGUAAAAGGAAUUGGUCCUGGACGUUUGUCUGCAAUCAAAGGGUUGACGAUGGGAGGCCUGAAGGUGGUAUCCAUCACUGACAACACCCCUGUGCCACACAACGGAUGCCGCCCACGCAAAGCCAGAAGAAUUUGAUCCCCUCAGCCAGAACACACUCCAACAGGAGGGUGCGGUUGCAUUGUAAUGCGUUAAUAAAGUGUUUUGUUGUGUAACA